AGGUAUUUGUCUUACUAAUAACAUAUUUGUUCACUUUGCACUCGAAAGAAUUUUAAGUGAUCAACCCAAUCGAUUGAAUUAGUUCUUCGAAAAUUUGUGCAUGGCCUUCGCCUCUAAGUUUCUUCGCCCUCUUCCUAGAGCUUUCGUCUUCGCUUCAUCAUCAUCAUCUUCUUCUUCUUCAUCCUUCCUCAAUCCCGCCAGAUUCUGUUGUGCGAAAUUUGAGCCUUUCAAAUUGUUUCCGACGAAUUUCGGAUCAUUUCUCUGCAACCGCCUUCCCAAUCUCAGACUUGCAUUUUCUGGCGCUAAAGGAAUUUAUCUUCCUUUAGUAGGAAGUCAGCUUAGUAAGAGAACCAUUUUGGGUACAUCAGUUGUUCUUGGAUCAAUCAAUUCGUGGCCCAAUGCUUCAUUUGCUAUGGAAGACAGAUUAAUCGAUGCUUCCCAAGAGGUUAUAGAUACUUCAAAAUAUGUAAAAUCUGUAAAAAGAAUUUGGGAGCUAGCAUUAAGACUCUGGUUGCCUUUUCUUCUCUGUUGGACUGUGUUGAUAAACUUGAAUCAUCCUAUAGACGUUGUGGGAAAAGUGGUUCUAUUCCUUGUUAGCACAAAACCCAGCCCUCUAUCUGUUUACAUUUUUGUGGAUAAGUUGCGUUCUUCUUCAUCCCACGAGCCUCAUCUCUCUAACUGGAAGAAGCGUUUGGUUGCAAGAAAAGUUGAAGUUGAAGACUACAAGGUUUUAUGUGUCGCCAAAGUUGAAAUGAAACAUCAAGACUUCACAGUUGUGGGUGUUCUUGGAGGUUGGUGGAAAUGGCCACCCUUAUCUUCUGAUGAUGAAUUCAUUGCUUUUAUGGAUAAACUAGCUUCCCUUGCACAUCGCCUAAAAUCCAUAUUAAUUAUAGCCUAAAUAUAUUAUUUAGUCCCUAACCUUAGGCUAUGCUUUUAAUAUAGAUGUAGUUGUUAGAAAUAGUUGAUAAUAAAUGUGUACAUGACUAGCUUACUGAUUUAAUGAAAAUUUAAAGGAGAAAUACGAGAAAAAUAUAUGUUAUUUUUCCUUCUCAUAA